CAUGGGCCAGGACAGAGGGAAGUAUGAUUUCUACAUCGGCCUGGGACUAGCCAUCAGCUCCAGCAUCUUCAUAGGAGGAAGCUUCAUCCUCAAGAAGAAAGGACUACUCCGCCUGGCCAGGAAGGGACAGUGCAGAGCAGGCGCCAGGUGGCCGCGGCUGGGAAGCAGGCGGCUAACUUCUUGGCAGCGUCGAUGCUUCGCUCACCCUGUACUCGUCGUCACCCCUCUGGGGGCCCUCAGUGUGCUGGUCAGUGCGGUGCUGUCCUCGUACUUCCUGACAGAGCGUCUGAACCUGCACGGGAAGCUGGGCUGUCUGCUCAGUAUCUUGGGCUCUACUACCAUGGUGAUCCACACCCCUCAGGAGGAAGAGAUCAACAGUCUGGACCACAUGGCUCGGAAACUGGUCCACCCAGGUUUCCUGGUGUUUGCCACCUUCGUCAUCAUCGUAGCGCUCAUCUUCAUCGUGGUGGUGGGCCCUCMGCACGGCCAGACCAACAUCAUGGUGUAUAUUACCAUCUGCUCUGUGAUUGGAGCUCUGUCUGUGUCGUGUGUGAAGGGGUUGGGCAUCGCCAUCAAAGAGGCCAUAGCUGGGAGGCCCGUGGUGGGGAACCCUUUAGCCUGGGUGUUACUGCUCGGGCUGGUGGCCUGCGUCUCCACACAGAUCAACUACCUGAARAAGGCUCUGGAUAUCUUCAACACCUCCCUGGUCACACCCAUCUACUACGUGUUUUUCACCACCUCAGUCCUCUCCUGCUCUGCCWUCCUCUUCAAGGAGUGGGAGCACAUGGCCGCUGCUGAUGUUAUCGGGACUCUGAGUGGGUUCCUGACCAUUAUAGUUGGUAUCUUUCUGCUCCAUGCCUUUAAGGACCUUAAUGUGAGCCUGUCCACGCUGGCUGUGUCCAUCAGGAAGGACGAGAGGCCCGGGCCGGCAGCUAACGGAGUGGCAACACACGGCAGCUACGAACUGCUGCACAAUGACUCCACGGAGAGGGACCUGGAGGAGAGGGAGGUGGGCCUGCCGUUUGACAGCCUGUCCAGGAGGAAUGGUGCCAUGAUAGCCUCUUAGAGGAACUAGCGUGCG